UUCAUCUUCCUCUUAUUGAUGGCUUUUUCGUGUAAAUGUUUCCAAAGAAAGACUUGUCAAGAUGGCGCAGACGGUGAAUGUCUAGGAGAAGCCAGUUCAGAGGACACCGGGGAGCCCGGCACGUCAGGAGGCCCAGAAAAGAGCACCUUCACGCAUCUCAUGGACGCCCCGGCGAAGCCUGGCAUUCUUAUCCAGAAACAGAGGGAGGAAGUGGUGAACCCAGCCUUGGGCAUGUACUUGCAGCCUAAGGAGGACACCCAGGCCAAGAUCACAGAGAACAAAGAAUCCCAGGAUGCUGACAAAUCUGCCCAGGAGAGUAAGAGCGUGAUGAGGUUUGCGCUCCCCGAAGAAGAAGACCCCAAGAGACGGCUGAAAGGAGUGACGUUUUCGAGGGAGGUGAUCGUGGUGGACCUGGGGAAGGCUUCCCCGACCCCUCAGAGCUACACCCGGGAGCACAAGGAGAGGAAAUGAAGCUCCCAGAAAAGCGCAGUGUGAAGGCAGUGGGGCCCAGGACCCAGAGGAGUGUCGGGGUGGGGGGCACACAGUCGUGUGGAAGCAGCCGCUCACUGGGGAAGUGGGCCCAGGCAGAGAGCAUUUGAAUCUUUGUGCAGCACUUCAGGCUGCGUGCACAGU